AUGACCCGGGAGCAGAUCCUAGAGCAAGUGGCAGCCCACGGCUGUCCGCUGGUGGAGCUGACCGGCGGCGAGCCCUUGCUGCAACCCGGUGCUUUUCCCCUGCUCACCGAGCUCUGUGACGCGGGUUAUGAGGUUUUGGUGGAAACCGGUGGCGGGGUCGAUAUCUCCGCCGUCGAUCCGAGAGUGCGUCGAAUCCUCGACGUCAAAUGCCCGGCCAGCGGUGAGUCUCAGGCCAACCAUUGGCCGAAUCUGGAAGUCCUACGCCCCACCGACGAGCUCAAAUUCGUCGUUGCCGACGAAAACGACUAUCGAUGGGCGAUCGACUUGGUCCGAUCUCGGAAUUUGAGCGAGGUCUGUCCGAUUCAUAUCUCGCCGGUUCACGGCACGGUCGAUCUGCAGGCUUUAGCGGGCUGGAUCUUGCAAGAUCGGCUUCCGAUCCGUCUGCAGCUCCAAAUGCACAAGCUGGUUUGGAGCCCUGAAACCCGUGGCGUCUGA